AUGACCGAAGUUUCACGUUGGGCUUCUGAAUCUUGGGGUUCAGAAAAUGAUGAAAUAAAAGAGGAAUUCAAAGAGUUCGCAAAGAAAGUUGCAAGUAUCUAUAGACAAAAAGUUAAAGAAGCACUUACCACCCGUAAAGUUGAAGCAGGGGUAGCUAUCACAUUUGAAUGGAAAGACAGUUUGAAUUAUUCAGUUGUUGAAUCAACAUUAGAAAAUCCUUGUAAAGCAAAAGUUGAUU